GGAGGGCAUGGAGGCAAACCGGCCACUCGGAGUCUGGUAGAUCACCAAACCUGGACUCCGCUCCACCACCUCUCACACCAAACUGCUCCUCGUUCGUGGACGCGUGAUGGAUUCUCGCUCGUGGGUCCCCACACCGGACCCAAACACCGGCGCAGCCUGGAACAUCAGCUCCAUCAGUCAGCACCACCGGAUCACCGAGCUGCCUCCAGUGGUCACAUCUGGUUCUUUGAUACCAAAUCACCCCUUUCCAACCGUUGACGUUCCAGAUCAUGCCCACUAUGCCAUUGGUGUGGUCAUCCUGGCUGUUGGGAUCACAGGAUUAGUGGGGAAUUUCCUUGUCAUAUAUGCUUUCUGCAGGAGCCGGAGUUUGCACACCCCAUCCAACAUUUUCACCAUUAACCUGGCAGUCGCAGACUUGCUCAUGUGUCUCACACAGACACCAACAUUUUUCAUCACCAGCAUGCAUAAGAGAUGGAUAUUUGGAGAGAAAGGUUGUGAAUUGUAUGCCUUCUGCGGUGCUCUGUUUGGAAUCGGCAGUAUGAUGACACUGAUGGUCAUUGCGGUGGAUCGAUAUGUGGUGAUCACCAAGCCGCUGGCCUCUCUGGGGGCAAUGUCUCGCAGAAAAGCCCUGAGCCUCACAGCUGCUGCCUGGAUCAUUCCUGGCUGGAGCCUACCACCCUUCUUUGGUUGGAGUGCGUAUGUCCCUGAAGGUCUAAUGACGUCGUGUUCCUGGGACUACAUGACUUUCACCCCAUCGGUCCGCUCCUACACAAUGCUGCUCUUUAUUUUUGUCUUCUUCAUCCCCCUCGCCAUCAUCAUUUUCUGCUACUGCUGCAUCUUCAGAGCCAUCCAACACUCAACCCGAGCACUAACAACCAUCAAAUGUGUGGGAAACAGAGACUCUGUAAAGAAAUUUUGUAAGAUGAAGAGUGAAUGGAAGAUGGCAAAGAUCGCCCUCAUCGUCAUCUUUCUGUUUGUCAUCUCCUGGGCUCCGUACUCCUGUGUGGCCCUCACUGCCUUUGCAGGGUAUGCUGACAUGCUGACCCCCUACAUGAAUUCUGUUCCGGCAGUGAUCGCCAAAGCUUCUGCCAUCCACAACCCCAUCAUAUACGCAAUAACACACCCUAAAUACAGGGCGGCACUCAGCAGGUACGUCCCCUAUCUCGGUGUCAUCCUGUGCAUUACCGGCAAAGACCGUCUCAGCAGCAGCAGUUUCAUAUCCACACGGAGGUCAACCUUCAUCAGCCAUUCAGUAGGAAAUGGCCACAGCAAGCCGCACACCUCCCAGUCUGAGAGUGACUCAGCAAACUUUUCCGACAUGGAGGAGGACUGCUCGUCUCAGAUGGCUGUCAGUCGUCAAGUGUCCAGUAAUGUCAGACAAAUGCAUCGUGGCAGUCAGAGGUCAAAAGGGAGUGGCCAACACUUAGGAGAUUUUGAAAGAGUUUCCACCCAUACCAACGCCAACUCAUCCAUAUGUUACCUCUCACAGAUCACUAGUCUGAGAGAACCUGAAGACAUCUGUUUGACAGAAAUCAGCCACCAACCAGCGAGUCAUCUUCUGCCUGCAACUCUGGAUAACACUAUGGAGGAGUCCAGGAACAGCGUUGCGUACAAGGCGGUGUCAUCUGUCAUCGCAACAUCCAUGUCCAGCCCUUCCAUCCUGCAUAGCUCAUCAGGUUUCUGUGGCAAUCUCAAAAUGACCAAUAAGGCAUAGCUCCAUUGGAGGUUAUCCACCAUGAGUCACUUCUGUGGGACUUUCGUCUCCCAGCAUGUACUUCACUAUCUGCGGCAUCUAAAGACAUGUAAAAAU